CUUUCAUCCCUCAACUUAAGGUACUCGUAGAUCCACUCAAUUUAGUCGCGAACCUCCGUUUUGCCCCGAAUCGAAGGGCACUCAAUUGCAAGACAACCUGCAUGCCAUCAAUUCUUCGCCUUGGACAGGUACUUCGCGGUAAACUUGGGACAUAUACUGUCUCUAAGCAACUUCAAGACACUGUGUGGUUUGCAAAGAACCAUACUGGUAAGACCUUUGUAGUCAAGAGUAUCUGUGAUCAUCCACGGGUUGAGAAUGACAGGGAUAUCUUGAGACGCUUUCAGGAUCAGACUCCCUAUAUACGGCCGAUAAUUGAUGAGAUCGAAGACCCGGCUGAACCAACAACUAUUGUCCUCAGGCAUCUUGACGAUCACCUUUUGCAGGCGUCGAUUAAACAGACGCUGAAUCGAAAGGAGAUCAAAUAUGUUUCAAAACGGGUCCUCCAAGCCUUAAGUGUGCUUCACAAAGAUGGUUAUGUCCACUCAGACAUUAAACUAAACAACAUCUUUGUCAACUACAGAGAUAGUAAGAAUGAGAUACGCUUUUCUAAUGUCCAAUUGGGAGACUUUGGCAGCACCUACCCUCAAGAUAGCGAGUGGGCCAAAACUGGCACAGUCAUUGGUGCACCACUCUGGAAUAGCCCAGAGGUCCUAAUGGAGACACCAUGGAAUACUGCGACAGAUAUAUGGUCAUUUGGGACAGUGUCGAUAAGUCUGAUCUAUGGUGGUGAUUUCAACAUCUUCCGACUAGAGGUAGUCAUGUCUCAAUAUCGCUAUUUUGGCUCUUUCCCCCCAAAAUACGGAGAGAUUAUCAAUGAUGAGACUCGCCAGUCCAUCUUAAGUCUCAUAGACCUGGUCAAACCAGAAAUGAUGACGCCAUUCCGCUUCGUUACAGAGCGGGAAGUCAACAAGGAAGACAAGGAAUUCAUCCUAAAAAUCAUGAAGAUGGACUGA